GACAACACCACGACGCGCAAUUGAGCUUCGCCGCUGCGUCGAGCCUCUCCGCCAACUUAUUGCCAAGUCUGUACAGCCCGUCGCCUGGAAAACAUAACCCCCCUUCCUCCUUCCCCCGCCAUCGCGCCCGCCCGCUUCGCAGCCCAUUGAGGGCAAAAUCCUAUCACCAUCACCGCCAUGUCUCUCGUCAACCUAGCACACGUGUGCUCGCACAUGCAAAAUGCAUCAAAAGCCAGACUCGGGCUGACUUCAAUACCUGUCUCUAAAAUGCACGUCAAAAUUGCUUUGGGCCUACAGCGUGAAGGCUUCCUCUCUUCAGUCACACUCGGCGGACCCACACCACCAAAGCCUUUUCUCCUACAAGCACAACAAGAUCCCGAGCAAUUAGAACACAUGGCACAAAAGCUCAAAGACGAGCCGUGGCUUGCCUACCCAGUACAAACUCCACGAGGCCAGAAAGAGCAGGCGCCACUCGGCCACGAGCAGGUCCACGAUGUACACGUACCAGAGAACCCGGCGCGGAGGAGAUUAUGGCUGGGACUGAAGUACUGGCAGAACGAGCCGGUGCUGACCAACAUGAAGCUGAUAUCAAAGCCCACACGGCGGAUCUGGCUGACGAGCGAGGAUCUGGGCAAGAUUACACGAACGCGCGAGUCGAGCUACGUAAAGGGACUUACGCAUCCUGGCGAGUGCAUGUUUGUCACGACAGAUCGCGGCAUCCUGGAGGCAAGAGAGUGUGUGGAGCGGCAAUUGGGAGGCAUGGCUCUUUUCAGGGUGUGGUAG